AUGCCGCCGAAGAAGUACUUGCCCCCCCGCGCCGUGACGGCUUCGACCGCCGCCGUCGCCCAGCCGAAGCAGAGGAAGCCGAGGGCGCCGCCGUCCAAGCCACCGGACAUGUCCAACGCCGACUGGAGGGCGGAAGUUCAGCGUCGGGAGGCUGUCACCACCGACCGGCGGAACAGGGCCAACGCCAAGAAGGCCCGGGACAGUGCGGCGCUCGCGGCUGCGGCUGCGGCGGAUCAAGCGGAGCGCUCGGCCGAACAAGCCGAGGCAGCACGCCUGGGGAUGAUGAAUCCAUCCGGCGGCCACGCCCAGUACGCGCCCUGGAGCUACGCCGACGGGGGCGCGCACGGUGGGUUCAACCCCAACAUCACCUUCCCCCAUGGUCACCCGGCCCAGCGCACGCCCUCGCCCACCUUCGCCGGCGUGCAGUACCCGCCAUACAACUACUCACCGCCGGCCUACGCGUCCUCCCCGACGUUGCCUUUCCGCCGUGGCGCGCUGCCCUUCUCACAAGCGUCCACGUUGCACCUCGGCGACACCGACGCGACCGAAGCCGACAUGGAGGACAUCAUUACGGCAGGCUCGGCCGCCGCCGCCGCGUCCCCCGGGUUUGCAACCCAGGACAAGACGGUGGACCUCGACGGCGACAUGGACGGCGAGCUCGAGUACGGCAAGGAGGAGCCGGACAAGCAGGAGGAGGAGGACGGGGAGGAGGAGAAGGAGGACGAGCCGGCGCCGGUUCCGGCGAGGAGACGCAAGAAGAAAAAGGGGGCGGCCAGGACCGACGAGCCGCGCAUCAAGUGGGCGUCCAAGGAGCAGGAAUGUCUCGCCGAAGCGUGGAAAGUCGUCUGCCCCGACCCGAUCACCGGCAUGAACCAAGAGAAGACCGAGGCGCGGUGGUCGGCGUUGAUGACGAGCAGCGCCGUCAAGCUCGACCUACUCCGGACCAACGUCGCCGCGAAAAAGAGGAACACCGAUCUGGCUUUCCUGCUGGGCGGGGCAGACAUGAUCCAGAGCACCGACGAGGCGGUCAAAACGUGGUACUUGGCGGAGCGCGGCCUCAUCCUGAACCAGCUGCCGUCGUCGGCACCGCCAACUCCCACGCCCACGCCCACGCCGCCGCCAAGCCCGAGCGAUGAAGCCUCCACGACACCCAGCAGCACAGAAGCCACGCCGACGCCGCCCAGCAGCACAGAAGCCACGCCGACGCCGCCCAGCACAGAAGAAGCUCCGACCCCGCCAAGCCCGCGCACGCCGACUCCGCCGACGCCGGAGACCGACCCCGCCGCCUGA